AAAGAACACAGAUGUUCUUGUUUUAUGAAUCCGAUAUAAAAUGAUAACACGUUCACGUGUUCCCCAUCAAAAGAGUGUCUCAGUAAGUACAAUCUUCAAAUGUCUUUUGGUUUUGAUCAAACGUUCUAUUAAAUUCUCUUAGUCAUCUUUUCUAAUCUCUUUUCUAUUCAAUUUCACUUAAGAGAUUUAAAAAGUUUCUUCCUUUGAUAGAUCUCUCUAGCUAGAGUUUCCGUUAGGUUUUGUAUAAAAUAAAUAAAUAAAAUCAAGAAUCAAGAAGAAGCAGAAGAAGAAAUGGUGAGAACACCAUGUUGCAAAGAAGAAGGAAUAAAGAAAGGAGCAUGGACUCCUGAAGAGGAUCAGAAGCUUAUUGAUUAUCUUCAACUACAUGGUGAAGGUGGAUGGCGUACUCUCCCUGAAAAAGCUGGACUGAAGAGAUGUGGGAAGAGUUGUAGACUGAGAUGGGCUAACUAUCUAAGACCCGAUAUUAAGAGAGGAGAGUUUACUCCUGAAGAAGACAACACUAUUAUCAGGCUUCAUGCUCUUAAGGGUAACAAGUGGGCCGCAAUAGCAACAAGUUUGGCGGGACGAACAGACAACGAGAUUAAAAAUUAUUGGAACACGAAUCUCAAGAAACGCCUAAAACAAAAAGGUAUCGAUCCAAUCACUCACAAACCGAUUAAUCCUACCUCCCAAACCGGUUCAGAACCAAAAAUACAUAAACUCGGUUCAUCCGGUUCCGCGAGGCUUCUUAACCGCGUCGCAAGCAAAUACUCGACCGAUUCAAACCGGGAUUUACUAACCGGGAUCAUCAUAGGAAACUCCACAAUCAUCGCUGACGAGUCACAAAGCUCCGGUGACGUCGAUUUUCCGACCAAGAACAACACGUCGACAUCUCCCGGUUUCUCCGACAACUUUUCUUUCUCGGAUGAGUUCUUUAGCAACGAAGAGAUCUCUGAUAACGUUGGCCUUAUGGAAGAGUUAAAGGGUAUAUUAAGCUACGGCGGUGCCGACGCCGGAGAUAUCAAAGAUUCGCCUGAGGUUAACGUAAAUUAUGAAAUGGAUUUUCUUGAUUCUUGGAACGAAGAAGAUGAUUUAGAUUUGGACAAGUUUGUAAGUUCGUUAGAUUCCAAGAUUGGUGUCUUUGUCUGAUGAGUCUAAAGCAAAAUCAAUUACACGUUGGUUUACUACUUCUGUAAUAGAUUGAUGUAUCGUGCCAUAGGCCACGAGGCGGG